UCCAUAUAACUCACGUGAACCGGCAGCUGAUCAUGUGAUAACGUCUUGUGACACUUUCUCAUCCUCUGACAAUCUGCCGACUUUAGCAAGAAAUCUAGUAAAAUGAGAUUGGUCAUUCUGGAUGAUUAUAACCUGGCCAGUGAGUGGGCAGCAAAAUACAUUCGCAACAGAAUCAUCCAGUUCAAGCCUUCUCCUGAAAGAUACUUCACUCUGGGCUUGCCCACAGGGAGCACUCCUUAUGGCUGUUACCAGAAGUUAAUCGAAUACUACAGAAAUGGCGAUAUUUCGUUCAAAUAUGUGAAAACUUUUAACAUGGAUGAAUAUGUAGGUCUACCUCGUGAUCACCCAGAGAGCUAUCACUCCUACAUGUGGAACAAUUUCUUCAAGCACAUUGACAUCAAUCCAGCAAAUGCUCACAUCCUGGAUGGAAAUGCAGAGGACCUGGAGGCAGAGUGUCAGGCCUACGAGCAGAAGAUUACGGAAGCCGGAGGAAUUGAGUUGUUUGUAGGAGGUAUUGGCCCCGAUGGUCACAUAGCAUUCAAUGAGCCAGGCUCCAGCCUUGUUUCCAGGACCAGAGUGAAAACCCUGGCUAAAGACACCAUUCUAGCCAAUGCUCGUUUCUUUGGUAACGACCUCUCCAAAGUUCCCACUAUGGCUCUGACUGUGGGCGUAGGAACAGUCAUGGAUGCCAAGGAGGUGAUGAUUCUGAUCACAGGAGCACACAAAGCCUUUGCUCUAUAUAAAGCCAUAGAGGAAGGAGUCAACCACAUGUGGACAGUAUCAGCCUUCCAGCAGCACCCACGCACCAUCUUUGUGUGUGAUGAGGACGCUACCUUGGAGCUCCGAGUCAAAACUGUAAAAUACUUCAAAGGUUUAAUGCAUGUUCAUAACAAACUGGUAGACCCGGUGCUCAGCAUGAAGGACCAGUGAAACAGAGAUCACCACAAGAGCUGAAGCCGUCAAGAUGGUUAAACAUCCCUGGACCCCAAAAUGAAUGGACAGCACAACUGCUCUGGUUCUGUUUUACACCUGAGAAACUGGUGAGCUAGGUUCUGGGUGACUGUCCUGACUGUGUACAUCGUUUUUCAUAGACCUAAUCUGUGCUUGGACAGUUUUGGUCUCAGACCGUUACAGAUCAGAAUGAGAGGAAAAUGAUCAGAUGCUUUUCAUUUCAAAUGUAAUCAUGCAACAGCUGCACUCAUCAACUGUGAAGAUAAUUUUUAAGCAGUUAAAAGGGUGUGACUGGUUUACUUUUUUAAUCACUGCUGGUGGUCUAGGUGGCCCCAGACUGUCUCUGUGAAUCAGUACAGUACUGGCCAGAGUAAAUAAACUAUUUGUAUAUUGGUGAUAGAUAUUAAAAUACUGAGUUAUUGCGAAACUUGCUUAGCUUAAAUGAAUGUGCUCAAAAGGGACCUUUCUUUUUGGUUCAACUUGCUUAGUAUAGUUGUUACAUUUUUGUAUGAGGGGCGCCACAGUCCUCUGUUGCUGGACGCUGAACAAGUCAAAGUGUCGAACCUUCAGUGAAGUUCACUGGAGCUGUCAAAACUACACCCUGUUUAAUAUUGAGAUAAAACCAUCUCAAGGUCCACUUAUUAGCUUUGUCAGAGCUUUCGGAUGUACAUUAAGAUCUUCAUCAGUUACAUUUCUUUGCUCAGUUGCUAUCAUUUGACCAAAGUGUAGAAUUUCAAUCAUUGGCCGACGUAUGUGUGUAGAUAGUGGUAUCCUCUGUUUUUGUUCAGAUUCUCAGGUGUCGGAUGUAAAUUUACUUGGUCUCUCUGUUGUCCACUGACUAGGUUGAUGACCCCUUCACUUCUUCCCAGUGGAAGAUGUGAUUUGUUUUGGUCAGGUGUUCGCAGACAGCCAAUAUAGUUUGCAGUAUGCAUUCUGUUGGAGAUUGAUAUGUGGUUGAAAGCCCUGAAAAAGCCAGUGAUAUGCUUGUUACACAUGCUGAUCACAAGGUUAAAAAUAUGUUACUGUAUGUGCUGUGAUGUGGCUAACAAGCAUCAAUUCCAACCAGGUAAAUGUCACACAAUUUUAUAAAAUAUAAUUCUGUGAUUUAUGAUUUUUCUGCUUGUAAGGUAAGCCACUCCAAUGCAGCAGCUGCUUUUCUCCCCUAAAGUGAAUGGUUGGCUACUGUCAGCAGUGUCGUAGUGUCCGACAUUAUUUACUGUACCUGUAAGAUUGGAAUGGACUUGAUGUGUUUUAUUAAAAAUAUUAUUGAUUAUAUUGUGAAACCAAAGACCCAUAUUUAUAAUAUGUCUUUUUCAGCUGGAAAAUUCAUGGCACUGUUCUUAAAUGGUUCCAGUCAUAUCUAUCCAGUAUGAGCUUCUCUGUAAUGGUUGGUGAUAAUGUUUCUUCAUGUGCUCCUCUCUCCUGUGGGGUACCACAGGGCUCAUUUCUUGGCCACACUCUUUUUUCAUUAGGUGCAUUUGGCCCAAACAGUUCUAGGGACUGCCUGACUGGGGAGGUCCCCCAAGUACUACAUACCGUCACAUGCUUUUUUCUGUUUGCAUAGUCUGUGUGCAUGCGCACACAUGGUAGUGUGCUUCAUUUGGUGUGUUGGUUAGAUUACACUACUAGCUCAUUAUGUCCUGUGUUUUAACAUCAUUCUGCGCACACUGAUGCAUGACAGAAAAAAGAAUCUGGUGAUUCUGGCUCAUGAGAAGGCAGCAGUCAGUAAUAGGCAUGGAUGAGUUUGUCAGAGAUUUUGCACACAAAAUACAAAACAGACAAAAAACAACCUGCUUGCUUUAAUAUUAUAAUAAAUCUAUAUGGGAAAAGGUGAAGUGGUGACAAGUUCAUGUAGGAAGUAUUUAAAAAAAA